AUGGCGACUCCCUCUGCUCAAUCUACUGAUAGUAUAACACACGUUGAAGAUGAAGAAUAUAGCGAUGUUAAUCUAUCUCCUUCUUCGGUUUAUUCAUUCGUUUCAACCUUUUCCACAUUAAAUUCUCCUUCUCAGAGUAAUAGUAAUGAUAACCCUAACCCUAAUAAGUCAAUCAAUUCUCAAACUUAUUCAUCACCAUCUUCUCUUCUUUAUAUUUCCUUUAAUCAAGAUUCUCAGUUCUUUUCAGUUGGGACAGAUCAAGGGUUUAGGGUUUACAAUUGUUAUCCAUAUGGUGAAUCCUUUCGUCGCGUUUUUAACGGUAGUGGUGGCAUUGGUACUGCCGCUAUGCUUUUCCGCUUCAACAUUCUUGCCUUAGUCGGUGGUGGUACUCACCCAAUGUUUCCUCUUAAUAAGGUCAUGAUUUGGGAGGAUGACAAAAGCCUGUGCACAAAAGAGCUUUCGUUCAGAUCAAAUGUUGGGGCAGUUCGUCUUCGACGUGACCGAAUAAUUGUUAUUCUAGAGCAGAAGAUAUUCAUAUUCAAUUUCAAUGAUAUGAAGCUUUUGCAUCAAAUUGAAACGUACCCAAACCCCAAGGGACUAUGUGAAGUAUCUCAUUCCUCAGGGUCACUGGUAGUUGCUUUUCCAGGACUUCACAGGGGGCAAGUUAGGGUUGAGAAUUAUACGACUAAGAAGACUAAUUUCAUACCUGCUCAUGAUUCAAGCAUUGAGUGUAUGUCGCUAACAUUGGAUGGGAAGUUGCUUGCUACAGCCAGCUCGAAGGGAACCUUGGUUAGAAUUUUUGAUACUUCAAAUGGAACUUUGUUGCAAGAGGUAAGAAGAGGCGCAGAUCGAGCAGAGAUUUACAGUCUAGCUUUCUCACCUAAUACGCAGUGGUUGGCGGUUUCAAGUAACAAGGGUACUGUUCAUGUAUUCAAAUUAAAGGUCAAUCAAGACGCGUCACCGGGUUCAUCUAGUUGCGAUCCCCCUGUUAGAGCAACUAGUUCAGCCUUCUCUUUUAUUCGAGGGGUACUGCCUAACUACUUCAAUUCAGAAUGGUCGGUAGCUCAAUUUCGAUUUCGUGAAGGUUUGAAGCACAUUGUUGCAUUUGGUGACCAGAAGAACGCCCAGAGUGCUAACACCAUUAUAAUUUUGGGCAUGGAUGGAAGUUUUUAUCGGUGUCGGUUCGAUACUGUGGCGGGUGGAGAGAUGACUCAGCUUGAGCAUCACAACUUUCUGCAUUUGUAG